AUGGCUCAAUUUACCCCCUCAGGUAAAUCUGAUGAUUGCGCAACGGAAGGAUGUGAUGAAACAAGUGGACUGGUUGUUUGUUUUGGUGAGUUGUUGAUAGAUUUCGUGCCAACGGUAGGUGGAGUCUCUCUAGCUGAAGCACCUGCUUUCAAGAAAGCUCCUGGUGGUGCUCCUGCGAAUGUUGCAGUUGGUAUCUCUAGGUUGGGGGGUUCGUCUGCAUUUAUAGGCAAGGUUGGAGCAGAUGAAUUUGGUUAUAUGUUAGCCGAUAUUUUAAAGCAAAAUAACGUUGAUACAUCUGGCAUGCGGUAUGAUUCUAUUGCAAGAACUGCAUUGGCUUUUGUUACACUUAGAGCUGACGGUGAGCGUGAGUUCUUGUUUUUCCGAAAUCCUAGUGCUGAUAUGCUUCUGCGUGAGUCAGAGCUUGAUCACGACCUCAUUGAGAAGGCUAAAAUAUUCCAUUAUGGUUCCAUCAGUUUGAUUGACGAGCCAAUCAAAUCAGCGCAUCUUGCUGCCUUGAGAAUUGCUAAAGACUCUGAUUGCAUUCUCUCGUAUGAUCCAAAUUUGAGAUUAGCACUAUGGCCGUCAGCCGAGGCUGCUCGGGAUGGUAUAAUGAGCAUAUGGGAUCUAGCCGAUGUCAUAAAGGUCAGCGAAGAUGAGAUUACUUUUUUGACUGGCGGUGAUGAUCCUUACGACGAUAAUGUUGUAUUAAACAAGCUUUUUCAUCCUAAUCUCAAGCUUCUAAUUGUUACCGAAGGGUCAGAGGGUUGUAGAUAUUACACCAAGGAUUUUAAGGGAAAAGUCGGAGGUGUAAAAGUUAAACCCGUUGACACAACUGGUGCUGGCGACGCGUUUGUUAGUGGGAUUCUCUACAAGAUAGCUUCCGACCCAAGUAUUUUCAAGGACGAGGAGCGUCUCCAAAAAGCGCUAUAUUUUGCAAAUGUAUGUGGUGCGAUCACGGUGACUGAUAGAGGGGCAAUUCCUGCACUACCUACUAAAGAUGCUGUCAUGCAGUUCAAUGCAAAAUAG